AAAGAGAAGUUGCACAAAACGACGUCGUCUCGUUCGUCACCACGUCCACACCACUAUUCCUCUUACCGUUACGAAACGAACCAAUACAACGCCAUCAUUGUGCAGCGCUUCCUUCCCUCAUUCUCAAUUCAAACCCCUUUCCUCAUAAUCGCGCACACUUUGCUUCGCAUCGCAAUUCUCAAAGAAACUGGUUUCGAUGGUGCGAGCUCCGAAUCCAGAGCAUCUGGAAUCGACCACGCCCUUAGUCGUACAGGGAGAGGGUUUGACAAAUGAUGGGAUUAUUCCUCAUAUAUUUUCAUCCAUGCCAGCUCUCAAUGAUGCUGCUUCUUAUCUUGCACAAACAACAUCAUACUUAACUGGUUGUUUCUCUGAUUAUUCAGUAGAACAUUCACCCAGACGUCCUGGUUCUUCUGGAAGUCAUGCACAAGAACUUGUGGAGUUUUCUUCUGCAGAAACUGAUGCAUCUUCAUCUACCGAAAUCGAGCGUAUUCCCCUUUUAACUAAUGUUGAGUCAUCUAGUGCUGCAUCUUCUUCAGCUACACAUAUGCAUGAUGAAAUCACGAGGACUUCUGGUGGAAAUCUGUCACAAAAUUCCAGUGCACUUGUUGAAUCAAAUCGUACUGGACAAAGUGGCAUCUCCAUUUUCCAAAGCCUGAUUGAACGUGCUCGAAGGACUGUGCGUGGAUCUGCAGAUGAUAUAGGUUGGCUUCAACGUGAUCCAGGAAUGCCUCCGGUUGAAGAUGGAACAGAGAGGUUCCUGGAAAUUCUGGACAACAUCAAGCAUGGUGUUCACAGGUUACCAAAUUCGGUGGUUUAUUUGUUAAUUCCAGGUCUUUUCAGUAAUCAUGGUCCACUUUACUUUGUCAAUACAAAAGUCAGUUUUUCAAAGAUGGGUUUGGCCUGUCAUAUCGCAAAGAUUCAUAGUGAGUCUUCAGUCGAGAAAAAUGCCAGAGAACUAAAAGAGUACAUUGAGGAAAUUUAUUGGGGUUCAAAGAAACGUGUUUUGCUUCUUGGACAUAGCAAAGGAGGAGUAGACGCAGCAGCUGCUUUAUCAUUGUAUUGGUCUGAUUUGAAAGAUAAAGUUGCUGGGUUGGCAUUAGCACAAAGCCCCUAUGGUGGAACCCCUAUCGCUUCAGAUCUUCUUCGAGAAGGACAGCUUGGUGAUUAUGUAAAUGUACGGAAACUUACUGAGAUUAUUAUCUGUAAAGUGAUUAAGGGUGACAUGCGAGCCUUAGAAGACUUAACAUAUGAAAGGCGGAGGGAGUUUUUAAAGGAGCAUCAUCUGCCAGAAGAAGUCCCUAUUGUUUCCUUUCGGACCGAAGCUGGCAUUUCCCCUGCUGUUCUAGCCACAUUGUCUCAUGUUGCACAUGCCGAACUACCUGCAGUUGCUCCAGCAGGUGAACCAAGAAAACUCCCUGUAGUGAUGCCCCUUGGUGCUGCUAUGGCUGCUUGUGCACAGUUGCUGCAGCUGAGAUACGGUGAGAAAAGUGACGGGCUUGUGACAUGUCGAGACGCAGAGGUUCCUGGAUCUGUUGUGGUGCGGCCUAAACGAAAAUUGGACCACGCUUGGAUGGUUUAUUCUUCCCUAAAUGAUGACCCUUCUGAAGGAGAUGCAUCUCAGGUGUGUGAAGCUCUCUUGACUCUACUCGUGGAAAUCGGACAGAAAAAGAUGCAUGAGCUAGCAAUGAAAGAAGAAUGAAGCAUUCAAAUUUUCUGGUGCACCUGUACAUACUUUUAUCUCCAAAACUCUAUAUUCAAUUUAUUUUUUGAAGUCUAACAGAUAACAAAGUUGAUGUAGGCCAUAUAUGUAACAAUAUAAUUCACGUAUGUAAGAACAGGAUUGUCUUCUGUAAAGGAUAACUGUGAUAUAGAAAAGAAAAAAAAAAAAAAAACA